AUGGCCGAAGGUGCGUGCUUGUCGGGCCAGAACCCUGUGGUUCUCGCGGACGCAGCUGUUUGCAAUUUAGGAUUCAUUUGCCACAAUACAAGUACAGAGAAACCACCAGAAUUCUGCCCACCUACAAAAGGCUGCCAGACGAUUCGCCUGCAGCCAUCGGAGAAUAUCUGUCAUGAACAGCAGGGUUCGUUCGAACCCGUUGUCUGCACGCCGGGCUAUUACUGUCCACCCCGAAGUCAAGAGCAAAUCCGAUGCCCGCCAGGCUCCUAUUGUCCCCUAGGAAGUUAUCAUCCAAAACGCUGUACAGCUCUUUCAAUAUGUGCAGAAGGGAGUUCUCGGGAAAUCUCAGUCAUUGGAUUUGUAAUAUUGGCCUCACUGUAUUUGCUCUGGGCCGUUCUGGGAUUUGGUACGAAAGCAUGGAAACAUAAGAAAGGGCUGCACGCUCCUAAUACUGUCCCAUCGGCAAGGAUCUCCCCGGACCAAGGAGACGUUGAGUGUGCCGAGGGAACGGCGGGUAACCCCCCUACUCUGGAUGCCGCGUACGAACAGGGAUCCAUUGUUCGAGAACUUCCUCACUUUGGGACGAUGUCGAGAGACAGACAACAAGGCGAGCUUGGAUUGGGCUUCCAGCUCCGUGAUUUAUGCUUUUCAAAGCAGGCUGUGCCACACCCUGUCUUGCAGGGAGUGGCUUGUCAGAUACCAAAAGGCCACAUGUUUGGUAUAAUGGGGCCGUCGGGGGCUGGCAAAUCAACCCUCCUGCGCAUUCUCUCGGGGAUGGAAAAGCAAAGCUUUGGGUGCCUCAACAUUAGUGAAAAUUAUGGCGACGAUGGAAAUAUCGGGCGAUACCGCCAUUGUAUUAGCUUUGUCCCACAGGAUGACAUCGUCUUCCCGAAUCUCACUGUUUGGGAAAACAUCCUGCAUACCGCGACCAUUCGACUGGGGGGGACGUACGAGACUCGCGACAUAAUGAUGCACGUGGACAAUAUUAUCACAUAUCUCGGGUUAGAUCAUAUAAGAGACCAGCAAGUAGGGUCUCCAGAGAAUAGAGGAAUAUCUGGAGGAGAGCGCAAGCGCGUGUCGCUCGGCAGAGAAAUCGUUGCACUGCCGUCCACAAUCAUACUCGAUGAGCCAACAUCGGGUUUGGAUGCCACAACCGCGUUGUCCGUAAUGGGCCUGCUGAAAGAUCUUUCUGGUCUUGGUAUUACAGUUAUUUGCGCCAUUCAUCAACCUCGAAGAGAUGUCUUUGAUCUUCUAGAUGAUGUGAUGCUUUUGGUCUCUGGAAGACCAAUUUACGUUGGACCACAGACGGGUAUUACGGACUAUUUUGAGUCGAUUGGCUCCACGUUACCCAAAAACGACAAUCCUGCUGACACUGUUAUGGACCUCAUCAAAACCAGACAGGUGGGGUCUGAUAUCCCAUGGUUCGAAGAAAAGCAAGCGUUAGCAGGAGUCCUGCCAAACGCUGAAGGUUGCUUUACGGAACAUUCUCCUGCAGUGGCUGCACCAGUCAUGGCUGGGCCUGUUUUCACCCCUCCUGAUGAUCGGGCGGCAUGGUUAAUCCAGGUGCUGACAUAUAUUCGUUGUGGAGCCAAACAGCAGAAGAACCAGCUUUUUGGUAUUCUGUUGGAGAUUGUUACAGCCUCAUGUUGCGGUGUCCUCAUCGGCCUUUCCAUAUAUGAAUCGAAAGGUCAUGUUUUUCAAGGCUACUUUAGGGAACCAUUUGAGCUCCUGUCCAGCGCGGUGGAUUACAAGAGCGUACCCACAGCGGGCCUUCUCUCUAGCCUUGCAAUUGAGAUGGUAUUCCACCACGAAGUCCAUUCGGGACAUUCCGCUAGUGCAUACUUCAUCGGCAAAGACUUGUGUACAUUGCCCCGUAUCUUGAUAUCGACUCUUCAUUUCACAGCAUUUUUCAAAGUGCUGGCAGCCACCGUCAUUCCGGUCCAUAUUUUGUUUUUGAUAAAUGCAGCAUAUUUCUUCUGCAUCUAUGGACUAGCUUCCCUCGUUGCGUCCUUGGCUCCACGACAAGAUGCUUUAUUGUUAGCAAUGCUCACAAGCCUUACUGCAGGGGUCCUAGACGGGUCUGGCCCUCGUUUGGAUCAAGUUAAGUAUUGGAAAAUGGACUGGCUGUGGUACAUUUGUCCGGGAACUUGGUAUUCUGAAGCUUGGUUUAGCGAGCACGUUAUGCCAUUCUCGUACCUGUAUGACACUGAUGCAGCUGCCCGUUUCACCGGGUAUAUCACUGGGAGAACAGGGUUUGAUAUUGGGCUUAUGAUUGUCAUUGGAGUUGUGUACCGUAUUUUAGCGUACUUUGCUCUGGCGUUACCUAGAAUGAGCGGUCCGGUGGCAAGGAUGAAAGGGGCUUCGUAA